UACAUCCAUGUACCCGACAUAAGGGCGACCGUGGCACGCCUUCGACGUAAUCAGGUAAGACUUUCUCAACAUAGUAUGCGCGAAUGCACACUUUUGCAGCCGAUUCAGUUCAUCCCGGACAUCCAAACUACUGCAGCCUACCUAAGCUGUCGUGAAGUGACUGCUGUGAUCCCGGAUAUGACAUAUAUGGCGCAUCAACUUCGUCAUUCCGAAGAGAUGGGAUUUCCUGAAGAUGAAAUGAUGGAGGAACCAAUCACCCCGGCUCUACGAUUCACAGAAACACUGCAAGUGUCUUACGAUCCAAAUAUGGUGAGUCUAAUGUGA